AUGCACGAUAAAAGUCAGCAGUUUGAAACAAAAAAAUGUACAAAAAAGUAUUCCAAUGAAAAGAAAAAAAAUCGUGCAAGUCUUCACGAUGACUCCAUGAUAGAGCAAACAGUUAAAUUUGCUAAAAACAUAAUUCCACGCGUAAUACCCCCAAGUAGAGAAUAUUCUCCGACAUCCGUAUUUUAUACCAUAAAAACAUCGAAGAAACUCGGAAAAAAACUUUCAAAAUUUUCCGGUAUAAAUAAUGAACAUUGUAAUAAAUUUAACAAAAUUACGCCUAAAGCCGUAGCGAAAAAGGCAAAGGAAGAGAAAGUGAGGGUUUAUAGUGCAGUGGAUGUUAGUAGUCAUUCAUCUCCAGAUAAUACUUUAGAUGAAUUUCAUAUAAAUCAAAGUUCCAACUUUUCGCUCUCAGAAUCUUUCGAUAACGAUCCAAAUAAAAUACCACUGGAUAAAAGAAAACGUAAACAUGAUGCAAGACUAAAAGGUAAUCCAUCAGAGUCACUUGAGGCUAUAGCGACAGAAGUAAAUGCUUCCAAUCAAGUUGAAAUUAAAAUAAGUUUAAUGAACGAUUCAGAAAAAAAUAAAUUCAUUGAAAGUUUAAGAGCGCCAGUUAUAAACUCUUUUAAAGAACAUUUAAAUGAACUAAACAUUCCCUUAUCUAAAGACUUGGAAACUAUGAAAAAAAUGCUGGCUUCAAACACGCAAAAGUUAGAUCAUAUGGUACAAAUUCUAGGUAACAUUGAAAAUAAAAUUAUGAGGUAUUCUGAUAAAACUAUGAAAAUAAUUAUGUCUCCAAAAAACAUAUCAUCUAAAGCAUCUAGAUUAGAAGAAUUAGCAGGAGACUUGACUGAACUAAAAGAAGGAACCAUCACUGAUGAUGAGGAAUAUUAUGAAAGAGAUACCAUAAAGCCAAUGAUUACUAAAAGUGCUGUCAUAACAAUGUCUCCAAAUUACCAAAAUAAUGAAAGAGACAAUAAAAAUGAAAACGUAGGUUACGGUGAUAGCGCUACUAUACAUUUGAAUGCUGCAUCUAGUCAAUUAGGGGUCAAACCAGAUCGUCCGAACAGAAUUCCUCCUAGAUUUUGUUGGACAGAUACGACUAAUAAUGUAAAUACUUAA